AUUAGCCGCGCUCUAUCCGUCCCUGUUUCGCGUCGCUGUUCUGUUGAUGCGCCCCGUUGCCGCAGGAGUGUGUUUUGUUGUACCACAAGCGCGUUCGUCUUGGCCCCGAUUGUAGCAGCACAAGUCCAUACCGCAGCACCACCAGCCACCAGCCGUCGUCUCCGCUCCAAAUAUGUGUACACAAAAUAAUGAAAUUGCAACAUUUCUAUUUUAAAAUUUAGUGGUAAAACAAACCGUUGAUCUGUCGCCACGGACAAACAGUUAAAAGUUGAAAGCAACAAAGAUGUCGUCAUUCGAUUGAGAUUCGAGAUGCGAGGACGGUAAGAGAGUGCUCCGCCCUAUUUUGAGGCUUGUUGCAGAGGCUUGACACACAAAGCGGAGUGUUGUGGCAGGAGAGAGGGAUGCGAGGCUGAUGCGUGGUGGUACAAUGUACGGUUCAGUGCUGGAAUGCGUGGCAGAGUGAACAACAAAUAGCUGGCCUGGACUCUACACAGCUACCGUACUCGACGUCCAGCGUCCAAGCAGUUUUGCAUUUCUUAAAAAAAAAAAACAAACCAACCAAAACGCAUUUGCCGCCGGAAUGAGGGUGGGGGCGGAUGUGGUCUACGAUGGCCACGACUAUGGCAAUGAUGAUGCCAUGGGCAGUCCCCUGGACUGGCCAUUUCUGAUAAAGGGCAUCUUGGAGAACCAGACAUGCACCCCAACCGCACCGGAUACCCUGGCCGCCAUACUAUGGGCCAUUUUCGCCGUAUUCGGCAUCGUGUACGCCCUGCUCGGCUACCGCUGCCUUCGGGCCGUGGGCUUCCUGAGCGGACUAAUGGUGGGCGCCAAUGGGAUAUUCAUACUGCAGGACUUUCAGAUCACAUUCCUGGGCAAGCCGGCGGACUCGGCUUUGGCCAUUGUGGCCGGACUGCUGGGCGCCGUACUCGGUUCCACAUAUCCGGUCGCUUCGGUGCUGAUCAGUGCUUUUGCCGGAGCCCUGCUCUCCGGUGCCGCGAUGGCCGUUUGUGUGGCCACAAUGCCGGACAACGAAUUUGGGUACCGUGAAAUAUACGUGGCCGUGGUGGGUGGCGCCGUAAUCUGCUCGGUUCUCACCCUGUGCUGUGUCAAAUACGUGACCAUACUCACCUCCAGCAUUGUGGGCACGGCCAUGAUCAUUGGAGCCAUCGACUUCUUCAUGCACGGCCUGGAGACGAUCAACUGGAUACUCAACAUGAGGCCGCAUCCGUUACCGCCUCCGUGCUAUGGGGGCCUCCUGAUAGCCGCCUGGCCCGUGACCAUUGUGCUCAGCAUCAUGGUGCAGUGCUUCAUAACCGCCUGGCGGGUGGACCAUCGCAAGCGUGUCUACAUGCGGCACCAUAACCAUCCCAACCAUCCCCAUGCUACGCACUUGCCGCACAGCCAGCAGCAGGCCGGACCUGGCCACGCCCAUGCACCCGUAAGGCGCUCACAGUCGCGCACUCGCGAGACCCGCGAGGAGGCCAGACAGCGCAAGUUCCGCUACCUGUACCAGGUGCGAACGGCACGUGGCGACAUCAUAUCACAGAACUUUGUGUCGGCCCUGCAGAAGCGUAUCCAACUAAGUGGCACAGAGACGCCCUCGGAGAGGUCGAUCAAGACCAGCUCGAACGAGCGGAACACAUUCAGAAGUGACCGCACCCACUUUACCACCAUCCACGAUCCGGACUCGGAGCUGUGCGACAAGAUCGAAAUUGUCCGUGACAUUGGAUAACAAACAAGCAAUAGCUACAUGUAACUAUACCCGUAGGGGGGGACUACGGGCUGUGGUACUCUGGAAAGGCUUGGACACGGACACGGGUCGGGGGAUAGAUCGAAUCGAGCGAGCGAGGAAGGAAUUUGCUCUAGCUAUGCAGCUGGAGAGUUGGAGAGUAGGACACAGAAGUACGGUUACAUGUUGAAGCUAUAAAUUGGGCGCAAAAUGCCUUACACGGAACGGACAAGAACGGAGGCACAAUGGAAGCAGAGCACAAGCCGAGAUGGAGUUGUGAGAGAGGCUUAUGUUGUAGCACUAAAUAUCCAUGAAUGCACAUGGAAUAUUCAUGGAUCUAGUGUUUGGAUCUUAAGGAACUUUGAGUGGAAAACACUGACAUACACAGAUCAGAACAGAGAUGGGAUUGCAUUGCAUUCAAAGGGAUAACCCAUAACCUAAACUUACUCUACUUAUUCGUGCACAGCUAGCAUUUAAGACAUCUGAUCGCCAAAAUCCAUACGCAUCCGGAUGGUGCGUGGUGAUGGUGAUGAGCAAAAAAAAGGCAUUUGUUCUCCCCACUUAAUCAAAUGUUACAACAGAACAUUCGAGUAUAAAUGGCAUGUAAUUCGGUAAAGUUUAAUGACUACAAUAAGUUGACUUCCGCGAGUGAUGAGUGAUUCUCGAUGAGUCAUAGGUAUAUCGUAUUCCUGGAACUAAAACUAACUUAACUAAAAAUACUAGUUACGCUUCUCCUUCUUCAAAUAUCGCAAUUUACUAAUCAGUUAAUAUCUGUGUUAUAUUUAUACGAUACGAUAAACCAAGUUACGAUUUGGACAGUUGGAAAUAUUUAUAUCAAGAUUGAGGCGAUUUCGUGAAUCGUUUCAGUGGCAUUUCGUUCCAUUUUAACUAUCAAAUAGUCCUAAGAACACGUUUAAAACUCCUUAUAGAGAUAGCAGGAAUAUAUUGGGAAUAUAUCCCCAACUGAAGUAUACUUAAAAAAAAGUGAAGCCAGGCACAACCAAAAACCAAACCAAAUACAAUUUAUAAAUAUAAUAAAAUACCUAUUAAGUACAAUAAAAACAAACAGUGAAGUGAAGGGAAAGAUGUACUAGGCUUAAGCACAUGUCCUUGUACUACCAAUACACUAUAUACGAGUACACUGACCUGUCUAGGCAGCUGAAUUUGGAUUUUAAACCAGUACAGCUGAACAUAUAUCCACAUAGAGUUAGAUACGUAUAUAUGUAUAUGCAUGUAGCUUUAGCAAUUGAAUAAGCCAAGGUUAAGACAUUUAACUGAUUACACUCGAUGUGUCGAUAUACGAGUACUCGUACAGAUAUUAUCGUACAUUGUAUGAAGGGGGACAAACGAGGUUGCUUCCCCGUUGAGAACCCAGUUACUGAACCCAGUAACGAACCGCUCGUUCAGCCGUCUUAGCACUAGCCAUAAGAUGAAUAUUAUAUUAUUAUGAUCUAAGAUCCUUUCAAACUGCGGUACAAAUUAAAAACAAUUCCAAUAGAUUCAGGCAAUCAGCGCAAGUUGAAGUAUAUGAAAUUUAGUGAUAUAUAAUGAAAAUACAACACAGAAAGCCUUCGAAGACAUCAGACAUUGCCAGGCAGAUAUGUACUUCUAUAUCGAGUCGGCUCAAAGAACGCCAAUCAUUUGUUUCCCGUUGUGUUGAUCAGAUUUUAGUUUCUAGGAAUUGCUGCCGUCCGCAAUUUGUUGAUUUGUUACAACUUACUCCUUGAUAUUGUACCUACGACUUUAAUCAUCCAGCAUUGUUCCCGGCUCCUACGUUACUAUUACAUUUCUGAAGUCUCCUGGUUUUAAUGUUUAACAGCAACAGCACUGUCUGAUCGAUCGGAUGAUACUGGCGGAUACACUGGGGUAUUGAACACACAGAAGUCGCUUUUGUGGCUCAGCAUUUAAGAGAACUCUUGUCAGACAGGGGUUCGUACAUUAAUUUUCAUGUAGUGUAUAAGAGUACUAGCAGCUGCAUACUAAAGUAGUGGAAAGGAAAUCUUCAAAGAAUUGAAUAUAUUGUAUUUAUACGCUAAGAAACACACAAAAUAAUAAUUCGGAGGCUAAUGCAAAGGGCCAUCGAGCACUCCAUAAUGUUCAGGGCUAUUCUGGUUUUCGAUUUCACUUUGAAAUCGCCAAUCCGAAUCCGAAUCCGAAUCUGAAUCCGAUUCCGAGUACUAGACAUAAGUUUACCUUAAGAUGGACACUUUUGUAGAGAAUAAUUUCAUUCGAUUUCCAUUCUUCAUGAUCUUAAAAUCUCUCAAACUAUCUAGUAAAUCUGACGAAGUGAAAUCAAAGCUUGGAAUGGCGUCCUGUACUCCCAAACACUUUAUAAUAUUCAAAAAGAAAACGAAUUACAAUAAAUAAAUCAUGCAGGCCAAACUGAA